AUGGCACCCUUGAAGACGUAUAUCCAUAGUUCGAGCGUGAAGGGUCUCUCCAGUGUCACCACCUUAGUAGUGGGAGACAAGGCCGCCGUUCUUUUUGACCCACCGUUCCUGGUUCCAGAUGCUGAAUCUGUCGUUCAUUGGGUUAAGAAGACGACAGACUUACCUCUGAGAGCUGUAUUUGUCACUCACCAUCACCCAGAUCACUACUUUUCUGCAAACCCAAUCCUCGACGCAUGGCCACAGUCCACCCUGCAUGCUGCUCCUUAUGUGUGCGCGGGCAUUGAUCGGGAAUAUGAUGAGAAGGUCAUUUACUGGCCGACAUUGUUUGGUAGAGAGAAUAUUCCUGAGAAGCCACAGAAGCCGACACCAUUUGAAUUUACCUUCUUCAACAUUGAAGGGAACGAAGACUCUCCCAUUAUUCUGCUUGGCCCUCUUCAGGGCGACUCGGUCGAUCACACACUUUUCUGGUUGCCAAAGGAGAAGGUUGUCAUUUGCGGGGAUUCGGUCUACGCCCGUAGUACCCAUGCCUGGGUCGAAGAGAUUGACACAAUCCAAAUUCUCGAAGCAUGGGGAAAGACGCUGGACGUCAUCGAGGCAUUAGGGGUAGAGAAGAUUAUUCCUGGUCAUCUCGAGCCUGGAUGGGAGCCGAAUGCAAAGGAAGACUUGGCUCAUAUGAGAAAAUAUCUCCAACUCGUCAAUGAGAAAGUCUUCCAAGCGAAAACCAAGCCCCAAGUGAAAGAUCUCUUUGAAACCUUCAAAGCUGCUUUUCCCCAGGCGGAUCAAAACUUGGAAUUCUUCCUCGGGCAUAUGUCGAACCGUUUUGGCGAAGGCGGCACUAUUUGGGAGGAGAACCGACAUCACAACGUGGGCGCACGAACCAAAGAACAAUUGGAGGGAUACUUGUUCAGACUUUGA